GAGUCGGCUCCAUCAGAAGAGACCGGCCAGGGAACAGGAAGCUGCUUUCUCUUCCUACCAAAGCGUAGAAAUACGCAAUUUGCUGUGUCAUGGGGAGCGGAGGCCUCGCUGGGAGCUUCAGGCUGCUGACAUGACAUCAGAUUUCUACGGCCGCCCCACCCCUCCCCGUGUUGUCCCCUCCGGCUCCUGGGGCUGAGAGCGAUAUGAAGCGUCGCCAUGGGUUUAAUGGAAUUCUACCUGGAGAUUGACCCGGUCACCUUGAACCUCAUCAUCCUGGUGGCCAGCUAUGUCAUCCUGCUCCUGGUGUUCCUCAUCUCCUGCAUCCUGUACGACUGCCGGGGCAAAGACCCCACCAAGGAGUACGCGCCAGACAGCUCUACCGCCGCCGCAGCGCCUCCACCUGCUCCUCCGGCAGCCGGUCAGUCGCCCAUCCACUUGGUGGUCAUGCAAAACUCCCCCGCCGCCUCCACCCGCAAUGAGGCCGGCCGAGGCGAGCCGCCGACGCCGGACCUGAGCCGGGAGAGAGAGAAGAGGACGACCCUGGUCUGAGGAAGAGGAGGAGGAAGGGACACUUUGUUCUGUUUUUUUUUAAUUUGUUUAUACUUUUUAAAACAUCUGGGUGUUUGGAGGCUGCUGAGUUGGACAGCGGAAGGGAGUCGGACACAAAGUACUCUGAGAAGCCCUUUGACUUCCUGCUGCCACCUUCAGCCUGAAGCAGAAGCUGCUGGGGACUACCGACGGAUCCAUUGACUCAUCCAUUGAUUGAUUAAUCCAAUGAUUGAUUCAUUGAUGUGUGUCUAACUGAGACUCAGAUGAUGGUUUAAUGUUAAAUGUCAGUCGGUUACUUGUGAUUUGAUGAACUGCAAAUUUGUCAGAGAACAUAAAAUGAGUUUACGUUUUAUUUUGUGAAUUUGUCACCCAUAAAAGGCCAUGUGGGCGGAGCAGAAAGUGUUCAGCUGGUUAGUUCAUCUGGACGUUUGUGGAUGUGAGGACGCAACGUUUUGAUUUUGGCAUCAGUCCUCCUUCUUCUCUCUGUUCACUGAUUCCAAAUAACAUUUGUUCUGUGCUGCAAAAAAUGGCAACUAAUCCCCCCCCCCCCCCUGCUGAAAUGACCAAAAUCCUCCCCGGACCGAAAAAAGGCCCUGGCCUACCACGUCAUCCCCCCAUCGCCUCGUCCCAUUGGCUGUGGACAGAUGAUCCAGCCCUGAGUCUUUGGGGGACUCGUGCCACAGAGGCAAAUCCUCUUAUGUAACCCCCCCCCCGAACACCCCCCAGCACCCGGCCCACCAAUGGCUGCUCUCCAUCCAUCAAAUGAGUUGCACAAUUAUCCGCCUUCACCCCCCGGCCUCCAUAUUCCAUGUUUGUGGAUUAUAUCCACUGAGUAUUUGAGUAUUAGGAGGGCGUAUUAUGGUUUGUCUUUGGCCUGUGUUGUUUUUUUGUCCGUAGAGGAGGGGGGUGUUGGUGCGGGGGGGUUGUUACAUAAGCCUCAAGUUGUCAACAGGCUGGGAUUUCGAGUUUUCACCCGGCGGCUCAUCCGAGGCCUACAUGGCUCUCAGGGCCCUGGGGGGGGGUCGUCCGUGACGUCAGACGUAAUCGUCAGACUCCUCCUGCUUUCAGGCUUCAUCCUCUCACUUGAGUCCACUUAAACACAGAUUCAGUGUUGUGGUGGUAAACUAUAAAUGAGACAAAGAGAUGAAACACAGCGGUUUCUGCUUCAAAUGUUUCUUUGGUCUCUUCUGUAGUCUUGUGUUUUCAUUAAAUGGUCAACGAUGAGAGACAGAAAACUCACAAACAAUUAACAACGCGUAGCCUGACACCAAGGAGAACGCCAAUCGGGUCCAAUUUGUUUCCAAUUUUCAUAUUAUUAUUAGUUAUUUCAUCAUAUUUCUCGUGUUUCUUGCCAUUAACUUACAACAAGACGUAAACUAGUGGAAAGUCGUGAAUUCUCAGUCUGACGUUGUACUUCCAUAAACUACAUGAAGCAGAAAUAGAUAAUAAUAAUAAUAGAGAAGAAAUAACAAUUAACUUGAGAAAUCUGUGAAGAAAAAUGAUUUAGUUCCUGACAUGAUUAGAGGUUUUAAUGGUCAUUAACUAUCCUAAAGACUCACUUAAAACCUGUGAGGGAACAGGAAAUACCACUAAAAACGCAUUUCAUAAAUCACUUCUUUGAAGAAGAAUCUUUGAGGUGAAACAUGAACUUUAUCAGGAUUAUUCAGGAAAUCUGCUCUCUCACUUUUAGAAAUAAUGGUUUCACUAAAACAGGAGCGUGUGAUUCUUCUGCUUCUCGUCUUCGAGGAGAAGGAGAAAAUAUCAGUUUUAAAGGGUUAUUCAGCCUUUUAGUGAUUCUUUGGAAGAUAAAUAAUCUGUAAAGGAUGGACAUUCUGUUGUACUUUGUUUUAUUAACAAACCAUUUUUUACUUCAUUUUCCAACAAAUAAAAGUAGCAAAAAGACAACCAA